UUAAUAAUAUACUAUGCAAUAUUUUCAGGCUUCAUGUCUAUUUUGGCUUUCUGGCGCCGAUAUCGUAUUGUAGUAAUCUUCCCGACAUUGGCAAUCAGUUCCAUCGUCGCAGAUUACGCCUAUACACGCAAGUGGAAGCAACAACAACGCUUAGCUAACGUUUCGCAAGUUCAGUAGAGGACAAUAUGUUCGGACUAACUCGACAGUACUUCCUGGCAGCUAUCCCAUUGGCCGGAUAUGGUUUUGGGUGGUUUUUAG